AAAAGGUACUUGCACAUCCCUCUUUAUUUCAAGCUCACAAAAUUAACAGAAAGGUACCAACCAAUAGAGCACAACCAAUCAAUACUGAACUCAGAAAAAAUUCCUAUAAUGCAAGAAUGGUGGGAUUUGUCCCACAAAUGCAUGAUUGAAGCUGGGCUACAUCGUGACAAACUCUCUCAAACUGUUGAGAGUUCUUUAAUAGUGUUGAGGGACCGUGUUCCAGAAUUUUUAUCCAUUCUUAAUCAUCGCGAGGUUCCAGUAUUAAUAUUCUCCGCCGGCUUAGGAAACGUUAUAGAGUUGAUUUUAGAACGCUUUAAGAUAUGCCACCCAAACAUCAGAAUAGUGUCAAACUUUAUGGAUUUUAACCAAGAGGGCGUCCUAUCUGGCUUUCAAGAACCGCUCAUACAUUCCUACAAUAAGAAUGCCGCUAGCAUAUCGAAUACAGACUUUUUUACUACGAUGCUAAUGCGGAGACAGUCUGUUCUCUUGCUCGGUGAUUCAAUUGGCGAUAUUCAUAUGGCUGACGGUCUUUUUCACAACCAUAUCGAUCUCAAUUGUUCUACUAGUAAUUACAACUCUUUAGAAAACGGAAUGUCCUUCCUUCGUGCGGGUUGGUGGUCUGAAGACUCCAAACGGACACCAUCCUGUACUUCGCAUACUGUACUCAGGAUAGGAUUUCUCAAUCAUUCGGUAUGCUUUUAUAGGUGGAUUUCGCAUUAG